AAGAUCAAGUAUCCUUAUACGACUAUAAUAUUCUCUAACCAAAUAUGAGACCAGCAGUACUCAGAACAGUAAUCAGAUCGCUCCCGAGGGCCACCGCUCCCCUCGCUGCCCGCCCCGUUCUCGUACGUUUCCUCUCCUCCACUCUCCCUGCUCUCAAGAAGAACAAAGGCCAGAAUACAAAGACUGCCAAACAAAAACUCCGGAUCACAGAGGAUGACCAGGCUGGUGCGACGGAUGAUCAAGGUGCGGGUGAAGUUGUGAUUGAGGAGGUGGUGAGCAAGGCUAAGGCAAAGAUGGAAAAGUCGGUUCACUGGGCCAAGGCCGUCUUGUUUGAAGGUGUGGAGAGAGGGAGGGGACGAGUUAGCCCUGCCCUUUUGGACUCCGUUAGGGUGUCUUUACCCGACACACCCGGAACAUUGCAUUUGAAUGCCUUGGCAUCUGUGACAACUAAAGGCAACGCUUUGUUCGUCGAGGUCUGGGAUACUGCUUCUUUGAAACAGGUGGAAUCAGCCAUCCACGCUGCCAACCUUCCUGGAAUCUCGCCUCAGAGAAUGGCUGGGACAACCCUCAAAAUUCCCAUUGCUCGCCCCACUGUCGAACAGCGUGCUGAAAUUUUGCGUCAGUUAGCUGAGACUGUCGAAGCAGCGAAGACUCAAAUCCGUGUGGCUCGAACUGACGGUUUCAAGGCCUUGGGCGGAAGAAAAGCGAACGGCACUGAUGAAGUGCAGAAGGUUGUGGACGAGAUGUGCAAAGACCUUGACGGACAGUUGGCGUUGGCAAAGAAGGAGUUUGAAAAGCCUUGAGGUGCUAGACGAGAUCGAACGGGUGUGAUGGAGCGUCAAGGGAGAAGAAGAAAGGAUAGAUGGAGCUGGAUCUCAUCUUAUAAACCAGAACAGCAUCACACUUGCAUUGCAUGACAAACCCAUGAGCAUUUGACUUUGAUGUUUGCUGAGUUAAUGCUGACCUGACAACAUUCACCACUGUCGAUGAUGGAUACACACGGCCCACACAAGUGGAGCCGAGUCUUUUCUUGAUCGGAAAUGGAUGAUAUCAACUCAAUUGUUGGAAGAUUUCCUUGAGGGACUUAUUUACACUCGUGAAAUGAAGACCUUGGAAGGACCGAUGCCCCGCCACAUUACCAUCUAUACUUCUCGCCCUACCACCCACGAUCACCAACACCAUGUUCCUCACAGUGGAGCCCAUUGUGAACCCCAUCCUAGUGUUUGAAAACCUCCUCGAACAUCCUGUAAGGGAAGACGCAACGUUCAACACGAGCUUAACUCCAUGGGUCACAAGUCGACGCAAUAGUUCUAUCAACUUGUUCUGACCACCGCAUAGAACUAGCUUGGGGACUAGAAUUUGACGCUUUUUCUAUCUUCUUGGAUGACAUAUCUUAGGCAGUACAGUUACUGAACAAUUGUUUCAAGAUGAAGGAUAAAGGCAUGUGGAAGGAGAAAACAAAAACGGGAUGAAAUUGAGACUGGUGUACGACGAGCAAAAAAACGAAGAAUAUGUGUUAUAUACGUACCUACGAUGAAUAAAAUUGCA